UGCGAUUUUACGCUUGAUUUCUAGAAAUAAAUAAAUCGAUAAAUUAUUAAUUGAUAAAUACCCAAAAAAGAAAUGUUCCAACGUUACAAAAACAAUGUAUUAGUAGUUUAAACACAAAAUCUUCGGAACGCAUACAGAUUUCGUAGUUUAUUAUGAAAGUUGAUUUCGUAUGUUUUUAAAGCCGAAUAUAUUUAGAAUUUUGAAUAUAAAUUCAUUAGAAAACAUAAAAAUGUCACAAAAAAUAGUGUUAAUGGCUUGUGGUAGCUACAGUCCUCCGACUUAUAUGCAUCUCAGAAUGUUUGAAAUAGCAAAAGACUACUUCCACUCUUUUGGGCUGGGCACAGUGAUAGGUGGUAUAAUGUCACCUGUCCAUGAUGAUUAUAAGAAGAAAGAUCUAGUUGCUGCACAUCAUAGGGUGGCGAUGCUGAAGUUGGCGCUGCGGUCGUCGUCGUGGGUGAAGGUGUCGGAGUGGGAGACGCGGCAGGCGGGCUGGACGCGCACCAGGAUGUCGCUGCAGCACCACCAGGAUGUCCUCAAUGACCCCCGCAACCACGCUACUUGGUUGCCGGACGACGUCCUCAACCUCAAUAACUUCAACAACCGUAUAGACGACGUCGACAACCUGAACGGCAAUACAGAUGAGAUAACAGUCAAGUUGCUGUGCGGUGCCGAUCUGCUGGAGAGCUUCGCGACGCCGGGCCUGUGGAGUGAUGAUGAUGUGGAGAGGAUAGUGGGUGGUCACGGUCUGGUGGUGGUCACCCGUGCCGGAUGCGACCCCGCGCGCUUCGUGCACGACAACGACCUUUUGUAUAGACACAGACGCAAUAUAACACUAAUAACGAACUACAUAGCCAACGAGGUGAGUUCCACCGUCGUGCGACGUGCCGUCCGCCGCGGCGAGAGCGCCAAAUACCUGACCGACGACGCCGUCAUAGACUACAUACACACACACGGCCUGUACGGCGCCGGGGAUACCACUUACUAACAUAACAUUUUUCGCACGCCGCCCGGAACAGACUCUGGCUGCCCGUUGUAGCUGAAAUGUUGCGCGCCGCGGAAGUAGCGCGCCGCUCCAUACAAUAGAUUAUAGACUUGUAGAUGAGACUGAUAAUUAUGAGUCCGUUAUUGUUUUGUAAGGGUGGGUUGCACCCAUAAAGUUAAUAUACCUAGCGGAAUA